AUGGCUGAGGCUGUGCUGGAGCUCAUAGCAGGGAGCUAUGAACAAGUGGUGUGUGGCUACAGAGUGAAGACUGAUGAGAAGGAGUGGGUGGCGGAGGCAGACUUCACGCACCACUCGCACACAGCCUCCAUCUCCGCCGUCGCCGCCAGUGAGCGCUUCGUCGUCACCGGGAGCAAAGACGAAACCAUCCAACUGUACGACCUGAAGAAGAGAGUGGAGCACGGGGCGCUGCUGCAUCACAACGGCACCAUCACAUGUCUGCAGUUCUACGGUUCGUCCCACCUGCUGAGCGGAGCGGACGACGGCCUCAUCUGUGUGUGGAGCACCAAGAAGUGGGAGUGUCUCAAGUCCAUCAAGGCCCACAAAGGCAGUGUUUCGUCGCUCUCUGUUCAUCCAUCGGGGAAACUCGCUCUUUCAGUCGGCACAGACAAGACACUCAGAACGUGGAAUCUAAUCACUGGACGCUCGGCCUUCAUCAAAAACAUCAAACAAAAUGCAGAAAUGGUGCGGUGGUCUCCAGAGGGCGACCGAUACGUGGUGGUUAUAAACGACAAAGUGGAUAUUUACGACACGGCGACGGCCUCAGUGAGCGGGACCAUCAACAACCCCAAAAGAAUCUCCUCCAUUAGCUUUGUAGACAAUUUAGUCCUGGUCGUAGCCGGGGACGAUGAAACUGUGCGUCUGUGCGAUAUCCAGAAACAGACGUGGAUUUGUGACUUCAAAGCUCACGAAACCAGGGUCAAAGCCGUGGACAGCUUCAGUUGGGACGACCACAUGGUUUUGGUGACGGCCUCAAACGACGGAUUCAUCAAAAUGUGGAAACUGCAGCUGAAAGAGGCGCUGGAACGUCCCACUCUCCUGGGGGCAGUGAACACAUUGGCUCGACUCACCUGUCUGUCUGUGUGGAAGCCUGCGUCUGUGAAGAAGCAGGAGGAGGCUGCGGAUCCAGCCACGACCUCCAGCCAAAUCCCCAAAGAUUUGCUGCCGACAAAGAAAGUGCGUCUGAUGGAGGAGGUGAUUCUGGAGGACGAGAGCAAACCACCGAAGAGGAAGAGGAAGAAGAAAACGGCCACAAAUUAA